AGAAACUUUGGUUAUUCCUUUUUCUGUUUCUCUAAAGUUCCCAAAAAAACAACAAUUCAGUGAUUAAAUCAUUAAAUUAACAAGUUUUAUAACAGAAUCGUGUACUGUAACAAGAAGAUUAAUAGAUUGAUAAGUAUAAGAGGAUAACAGAAUCAAAAAAUACAGGAAGAACAUAAAAAAGCAGACAUGGCACUGAGUGAAGAACUGACUAAUGCUUUGAAGCAGCUUCAGAAUAAAAUGUUUUCUGUGAGCAUUGAGGAACGUCCAGCAAUUUUUCAAGACAUAAAAAAUGUGCUGGCUCAUAAAGACAUGAACACAAAAGGCUUUCAAGGAGUAACUAAGCUGAUUGCUAUGACAUUAGUAAAGUACAAAGAUGAAGCAUCGCAGACAUCAGUAAAUGAAUUAAUUAGUGAAAUGUGUCUAAAAGAUCCAGAUCAAUCGAUUGAGGCAUUUAAUGCUAUUUUUAAGGCAUUGUGUACGAAAGAACUUGUCAACGCACCACCUUCCAAAGCUUGUGUGGCAGCAUUAGUUGCUCUAAAAUGGACAUUUAUCAUUGCUAAUAGCUGUAAUUCAUCAUCAAAUGCCGGGAAGACUCAAUACCCUCUUUUAAUGGAAUAUCAAUCGAUACUUUAUGCUCUCAGCUUACAAACAAACAAUACGAAAAGUGUUGAAAUGGCAUACGAGUAUUUUAAAACUUAUUGGCUGGAUCAAACUGAGGAAUCGUUUCAAAAAUAUUUUAAUAAAUUCAACGGAACGGAACCAACAUACAAUUCAUUCAUAAUUCUCGUGGCUGUCUUAAGAUUUCAAAUAGAGGAAAAGGCUGAUAUUACAUUCAUCGAGGCACACAGAAAAAGUUAUUUAAAUCAAUUUACUAAAGGUCUAAUUACAGUUAAGACUAAACUGGACUGUCACCUUUAUAUUGCAUCACAAAUCUAUUUGAACAUGUUAACUGAAGAUGAAGUCAAGAGUAAUCUACUGCCAGCAAUCCAACGAUCAAUGUUAAGAAGUCCUGAAACCAUUCUUGAAGGUGUUGAGCACAUAAUUAGUGGUUUACGUUGUAAUGUUGAUGGAAAUGGCUUGGAUAUCGGAAAAGUCUUGAUCCAAAAUCUCCACUCAAAAGUUGAUUUAAAUAGAACAUAUUCUGUGAAUGGAUUAAAACAACUCGCUAUGAAAUGUUCAGAUUCAAAGACGAUUGAAACAAUGAUGAAGAAUAUCUUUGCAAUUUUGAAUGGUUCUGAAGGGAAAAUUACAGUUGCUGAAUAUCGCAAUAGUUUGCUUCAAGGAGCCGGAAAUUUAUCAUACAAUCAGGUACCGACAGAGGAAAUUACUAAAUUGAUGCCAUUUGUGAGUGAAAAUUUUAUUAAAAUUAUUGAUGCUGAGAUUCAAGAGAAGGUAAUUUGUCAUGGACUAGAAAUGUUUGGUUUAUGGUCAAUUUUCUUUACAAAUGAGCUCGAUUCUAAAGUCGUUCAAUGGUUCAAAAAGGGACUAAAUCAUAAGUCACAAAUGGUUAAAGUAAGCUACCUUCAAUGGUUCUUAAACUGUUUGUACCAAACAGAUUUAUCGUCUGCUGCUGACUUUAAGAAUGAUUUAUUGAAAAUUGUCGAAAAAGCUUCUCAAAGUAUAAAUCAAGCACCAGUUUUAUGCGAAGGACUCGCUGCAGCAUGCAUUCUUUUGUCAAUUUUGUCUGUUAAGGACGAAUCAUUAACAUCGUUUUGGAAUAUCGUCUUAGAUAUGAAGAAAGAGAUUUUCAUAUCUGAAAAGUUUAUAAGCAACAUUGGAAGUGAAAGUUUGUGCAAUCUAUUGAUUAUGAGCGAGAAGCUUCUGAUUAACUUUAAUAAUGAGUUAAAAGGCGAACCGAUUCGAUUGUAUAAAUGCAUUCUAUUAGCAGCAACAUCCAAUAUUGAAACUGUUCGAGCAAAGGCUAUAAAGUCAAUCGAAAGGUUGAUCAGCACCAAUAGUGGAAUGCAUUUUGCGAAAAAUAUUUUAAAUGAGCUUACAAAAUUGAUGGCUAAAUCAAAAAUAACAUUACACAGUGACGAGGAAAUUGACGAAAAUGAACGUUCGAUGCCCGCAGAAGCAAUUAUAAAUAUUUUAUUCACUAUUUGUUCACCAAACUACGCAGACGAAAAGGACACACAAUCGAUAUUAAAUCACGCUAUUUUAGCUAUGCAUCAUGACUCGAUUUAUUCGUUAAAUUCAGAAUUAUUGGAAGAGAUUUUGGAAUUAAAUAUGUUAAAGGGAAGUGAUUUCAUCUCAAACAACUGGGAAGAAUUACAAAAUGUAAUUUUAAAUGAUUAUAAAUGUAACAGCAUGUAUGAAAAUUCUGUAGCUGCAAUUGUUAAUUUAAAUCCCGAAGCAACGAUGCCAAUGAUUGUUGAAAAUGUAAAUACUAUUCUCAAUGAAGUAGCAUCUGUUGGUAUUAUGGAUGAAGAAUAUUUCACUUAUUUGACUCCCGAAGGUGAGUUGUAUGACAAGAGUGUCAUGCCAAGUAAUGAGGAAGAAAAGACAGCACAUAUUAAGCGAGAAAAUAAAGCGUACAGUUAUAAAGAACAAUUGGAAGAGAUUCAACUUCGUCGUGAAAUUGAGGCAAAGAAGCAACAGGCUGGAAAGUCUAAAGAGCCACAAUAUACGCCAAAGCAAAAGGAGGCAAUUAAGAAUCAAUUAGAAAAGGAAAGUCAGAUUAGACUGAAAUUGACAUCAAUGAAUGAUAAAUUAGAGAGAGCAGCUUCACAGAUUCAGGCAUGCUUUAAAGGAAAUAGCAAAUUUCUCUCACUUCAUUACUCAAUUUUGUUGCAAACAAUUUUGAGAGGUCUAAGAUCACCAUUAUCAGCAUUAUCAUUGUCGAACUUGUAUUAUCUGUUGGGAAGUAAUCUAUUCAAAGGAAAACCAAGUGUUGGACGAAACUAUGCAUUAGCUACAAUCAGACUUUUAAAGCCUAAAUGUAGCUUACCUGAUGAAUGGACUAAAAUUGAUAUAGCUACAUUUAUUUCUGAACUAUUCUCAACUUUAGAAGAUGAUGAUCUUUACGAGGAUUUUGAAAACGAAGAAGACCGAUUCAAGGAUACUCCUAAAGUAUUUGAUGCACCGACAUUUUCCUUCAUUUUUGAAUUUCUUAAGCAGACUUUAUUGUCUGAAUUUGUAGGACAAGAAGAGCUAUUAACUGGAAUUGAAUUGAUCUCUAAACAUGCACAAAUUAAAGGAACUACCAUUAAUGGAGAUUAUGAUGACUUUUCACACCCAAAAUAUCUUCCAACAUUAGAAAUGCUUCGCUUACUUUUAAGCUUAAUUACAAACUUUGAUGGGCAAGUUCAGUCACAAGCAUGUUCGGCAUUUUUAGAUGUCUCUGAGGCAUUGUCAGGUGAAAAUCAUCGAUCUGUCGCUAGUCGAGAUGAAAUUUUCUUUAUUUUGCAAAUGCUUGAAAGUAGCAAGGAAAUGAUUCGUGAUUGCGCCAUUCGUUCAUUAAAUAAAAUCAUGGAUGUCUUACCAAAUAUCGAGGACGACAAUGAUCUUGGACUUUUCAUAUUACGUAGAGUUUGGAUUGCAAAGCAUGACGUGGCAACUGAAAUUCAAGAUCAAGCUGAUUAUUUGUGGACAAAGAGCUGCUUUGAAAUACCGAUAGCUCUGAGUGAAGAAAUUUUAAGGGAUAUUAUUCACGAUGAGAAUUGUAUUCAGAAGGCUGCUGCAGGCUCUCUUGUAACAAUUUUACGUGAAGAUCAAUCAAGAGUUAUUCCUGUUCUCGAUAAACUUUUAGAAACUUAUACUGAAAAGUUGUCUUUAGUUCCAGCUGUUCUCGAUCAAUUCAAUAGAGAAAUUGUUCCUGCAAUUGACAUGUGGUCUCCUCGUCGUGGUGUUGCCAUAACAAUCAGUCAAAUAUCACAGUUUUUUGACUUGGAAACUGUAGAAAGAAUCAUUCAAUUUAUGGUAUCAACAGGCUUACGUGAUCGAGAAGAAAUUGUCCAUAAAGAAAUGCUUGCUGCUUCGCUAGAAAUAGUUGAUUUGCAUGGAAAACAGUGUGUAACAACUUUAUUGCCUGUAUUUGAAGAUUUUCUCGAUAAAGCACCGAAUGUCCCAUCAUUUGAUAAUAUCCGUCAAGCAGUUGUUAUAUUAAUGGGUUCAUUAGCAAGGCAUUUAGAUAAGGAAGAUAAGAGAAUCGAACCGAUUGUUUACAGAUUAUUAACUGCUCUUGCCACACCUUCUCAACAAGUUCAAGAAGCUGUUGCCAACUGUAUACCUCAUUUAAUCCCAUCUAUGAAAGAUCAAGCACCACAAGUUGUAAAGAAAUUGAUGAAUCAACUUGUUAAAUCUGAUAAAUAUGGUGAACGACGUGGAGCUGCCUAUGGAAUUGCAGGCUUAGUAAAAGGAUUGGGUAUUUUAUCGCUCAAACAGCUUGAUAUAAUGUCAAAGUUAACGAACCAUAUACAGGAUAAGAAGAAUUACAAGUGUCGUGAGGGAGCACUAUUUGCGUUCGAAAUGCUUUGUUCUACUUUAGGUCGCUUGUUUGAGCCGUAUAUAGUUCACGUGCUUCCACAUUUGCUUACAUGCUUUGGCGAUAAUUCAAUUUAUGUUCGCGAAGCAGCUGAUGAGACAGCAAAAGUUGUAAUGCGUAAAUUGAGUGCUCAUGGUGUUAAAUUAGUAUUGCCAUUGUUACUAGCUGCUUUAGAUGAUGAAUCAUGGCGUACAAAAAUUGCUGCAACUGAAAUAUUAGGUGCAAUGUCGCAUUGUGCACCAAAACAAUUAUCAUCAUGCUUACCAAGUAUUGUUCCAAAAUUAAUGGAAAUUCUUGGUGAUUCCCAUAUUAAAGUACAAGAGGCUGGCGGAAACGCAUUAAAAAUGAUUGGUGCCGUUAUUAAAAAUCCCGAAAUUCAAGCAAUCGUCCCAAUUUUACUUCGAGCUCUUGAAGAUCCAGCCAAUAAAACAAGCUCAUGUCUUCAAAGUUUGUUGAAAACUAAAUUCGUCCAUUUUAUCGAUGCACCAUCAUUGGCUUUAAUUAUGCCUGUCGUUGAGAGAGCAUUUAUGGAUCGUUCUACAGAAACUAGAAAGAUGUCUGCACAAAUUAUCGGAAAUAUGUAUUCGCUGACUGAUCCAAAAGAUUUGACGCCAUAUUUAGACAAUAUUAUGCCAGGUUUGAAAGCAUCAUUGCUUGAUCCUGUGCCAGAUGUGAGAACAGUGAGUGCUCGUGCAUUAGGAGCAAUGGUCAGAGGAAUGGGUGAAACUACAGUUGGUGAAAACUUGCUUCCUUGGUUGAUGCAGACAUUAACUUCAGAGGCUAGUCCAGUUGACAGAUCUGGAGCUGCACAAGGCUUAGCUGAAGUCGUUGCUGGUCUAGGUGUAGAGAAAUUGCAUCAAACAAUGCCAGAAAUCAUUAAAACUGCAGAACGAACGGAUAUUGCUCCACACGUCAAGGACGGUUACAUUUUAAUGUUCAUUUACAUGCCACAAGCAUUUCAAGAGGAAUUUACUGUUUACAUCGGGCAGAUUAUUAAUCCAAUUUUGAAAGCUUUAGCUGAUGAGAAUGAAUAUGUUCGAGAUACUGCUUUGAAAGCUGGUCAGAGAAUUGUAAAUCUUUAUGCUGAAUCUGCCAUCACAUUACUCCUUCCAGAACUUGAAACUGGACUUUUUGAUGAUAAUUGGAGAAUUCGUUACAGUUCUGUUCAGUUACUUGGUGACUUACUUUAUAAAAUUUCUGGAGUAACUGGAAAAAUGUCAACACAAAGUGCAAGUGAAGAUGAUAAUUUCGGAACUGAACAGUCACAUAAAGCCAUCAUUAGACAUCUUGGAAUUGAGCGUAGAAAUCGAGUAUUGGCAGGUCUUUACAUGGGCAGAAGCGAUGUCUCAUUGAUGGUACGUCAAGCAGCAUUACACGUUUGGAAAGUCGUAGUCACAAAUACUCCGAGAACGUUACGUGAAAUAUUGCCAACACUUUUCUCCCUUCUUCUUGGCUGUUUGGGAAGUAAAGUAAGUGAUGAUAAACGUCAAGUUGCUGCAAGGACAUUAGGAGACUUAGUAAGAAAACUUGGUGAACGUGUGUUGCCGGAAAUUAUACCAAUUUUGGAGAAAGGCUUAGAUUCUGAGUGUGAUAAGCAACGUCAAGGUGUUUGUAUUGGAUUAUCGGAAAUUAUGGCAUCAACUUCUCGUGAUAUGGUUCUUACAUUCGUUGAUAGUCUCGUCUCGACUGUAAGACGAGCAUUGAGUGAUCCAUUAAGUGACGUCCGCAAAGCAGCUGCACGUACUUUUGAUUCUUUACAUUCAGCAGUUGGAACUAAGGCAUUAGAUGACAUUCUUCCAUCAAUGUUGGCAGGUUUAUCAGAUGAAGAUCCGUUUAUUGCUGAAUGCACAUUAGAUGGAUUGAAACAAAUUAUGGCCAUAAAGUCACGAGUCGUUUUACCAUAUCUCGUACCACAAUUGACUGCGCCCCCAGUUAAUACUAAAGCAUUAUCGAUUUUAUGUGAAGCUGGAGAAGGUCUGACAAAAUACUUGCCAAAAAUUCUUCCCUCAAUUUUAGAUUCAUUAUCUGCUGUUCAUGGAACGCCUGAUGAAUUGAAAGAGACUGAAUAUUGUCAAAUGAUUAUUUUGGCUGUCAGUGAAGAUGCUGGCAUAAGAAUCAUUAUAGAUACACUUUUGGACUCGUGCAAAUCUAAUAAAAUGCCAAUUAAAAAGGCUGCAGCUUCACUUUUGAGUGUGUUCUGUAUCAAUUCUCCUGGCGAUUAUUCAAAUCAUAUUCCACAACUUCUUAAUGGUCUUAUGCUGUUACUUUCUGAACACGAUAAAGAAAUUUUAGUCAGAGCAUGGGAUGCAUUAAAUGCUGUAACAAAAACACUCGAUUCUGCACAACAAAUUGCUCAUGUUUCAGAUGUUCGAGACGCUGUAAAGUCUGCAACCAUUAAUUUACCUCCAAAUUCGGAAUUGCCAGGUUUUUGUUUGCCCAAAGGAAUUGCGCCAUUGUUACCUGUUUUUCGUGAAGGUAUAUUAAAUGGAGCACCGGAAGAAAAAGAAUGCGCAGCACAAAGUUUAGGAGAAGUAAUUGCUCUCACAUCGGCUACUUCCUUACAACCAUCAGUUGUACACAUUACUGGUCCAUUAAUUCGUAUUCUUGGUGAUCGUUUCAAUUCAGGCGUAAAAUCAGCUGUGCUCGAAACAUUGGCAAUUUUACUAUCCAAAGUUGGAAUUAUGCUCAAACAGUUUUUGCCACAACUUCAAACAACAUUCUUAAAGGCAUUAAACGAUCCAAACAGAACUGUCAGAAUGAAGGCUGGAGUCGCUGUAAUGGAAUUAAUCAAAAUUCAUCCAAAACCAGAUCCGGUAUUUGUAGAAAUUCAUAAUGGCAUCAAGAAUGCAGACGAUUCUUUGAUAAGAGAGACAAUGUUGCAAGCAUUACGUGGAAUUUUAAUAUCAAAUGGCGAUAAAAUGUCAGAAUUAAUGAAAAGGCAGAUUUAUGCUACAUUAACAUCGAUGCUUAAUUAUUCUGAGGACACGACACGACUUUGUGUUGCUGGAUGUAUUGGAUCAUUUGCAAAAUGGAUUUCAAAUGAUUUGCUUGAUGAUUUAAGUAAUCAAAUUUUCAGUGAUGAUUUCGGCGAGGAUUGGUCAUUAAGGCACGGACGAACAGCUGCAUUAUUUGUUUUGUUAAAAGAAUCACCAGCACUUAUCGUGACGUCAAAAUAUGAAGGAAAACUCAACAAGACACUCGUCACGUGCAUACAAAAUGAAAAAGUCAAUAUCGCAUCAAAUGGUGUUAGAGGAGCUUGCUAUUUAUUAGAAUUUUGUCAAAAUGAAGGACAGCAAAUUCCACAACCCAUUCUUACUGCAUAUGUUAAAUCGAUGAACCAUACAAAUAAUGAGAUAAAACAACUCCUUGCAAAAACAAGUAUUUAUUUGUCAAAAGUAGUUCCGCACGAAAAAAUGUCUUCGGAUUUCCUUAAGGCUCUAAUUCCAAUGUUGGUCAAUGGUACAAAAGAAAAGAAUGGAUAUGUCAAGUCAAACAGCGAAAUUGCAUUAAUAAGCAUCUUGCGACUCAGAAAUGGCGACAUAGUGUUCCAAAAAGUUUUACAACUCUUGGAAGCAGGAGCACGCGAUUCACUCAACGAGGUUGUCACUAAAGUAUUGUAUCGAGCAAUGACAGCUUCAGCAUCAGGAAAGGAUGAAAACAUUGACGACACCAUUCUUACGUGAUUGUCUCUACUAUUAUAUUACUACAUAUAAUAUUGUCAUCUAUUUACAAACUUAUUAUUAUUAUUAUUACUACUACUAAAUUUAUGCACUUUUGGGAAAAAUUUCAAGCAAGAUCAUCGCACAUACAAAUCAAUGCUUUGUAAGAAGAAUCAAGUCAUCAUGAAGAAUAAUAAAGAAGAAAUUUUUUCAUUCCUCGU